CCUUCUUGGACUCAGUUUUGUGACCGGCUGACGGACAGCGCAUGCGAAGGACGAAGAAACUUGAGGCAAUCCCGCCAACAUCCGACAUCCAGGGUGUUCAACCCUCCGUGGGAAACUGAAUGAGACACUUGACGAGAGGAGUGGAAGAAAAAAAAAAAACAGCAGAGAGAAGCUUGGUGAGAUAGAAGGAGAUAUUAAGAGGAAGAGUGACUGACACCUGCCCUCCAGCUCGGUGUGAAGGGCAUAUAAUGGGAGAGUGAGAGGAAGGGCAUGAAGAGAGGGAAAACAGAGGAGAGAAUGAAGACAACCGGAAAACAAGAGCUGCUUCAAAGCAAACCUGUCUCCAAUUAGGACAUCUCACCACAAGACAAGAUGAUUACACGAAGUUUGCUCUUAUUGGUUUCCCUGUGCCUGUGGGAGGGGCUCAUGCGAGGUGCCUCAGCCAGUAAAAUUUUACGGAGGAGAGGCGUGGGCGGAUCGCACAUAGUGAAGCCAGGGGAGAGCAGAUCCGUGGAUGGGAAUGUGGAUUUGAAUGCAAUGCCCGUGGUGACUCUUAGAAACCUGAUUAGCCACGAGCAGGCGGGCGACGCUGGAUCUUUUUCUUACGCCAAGAUGCUGCAGAAUCAUCUCGCUCCAUCUGUAGUUAAUAAGGAAAGACAAACUUUCAAGCCCAAGCGCGAAGUUGACUCUGUGGCGCCGCAUAUAUUAUCCAGUAACAAGGAGUUUACCCAGGAUGGGAAGAAAGUUAAAAACAACACCAAGAAUGCUGAGACUUCCAAAAUGGGGAGGUCAGAGAAAGCGUUCACGGUUCAUCACAAGCCAGAUCUUCACUCCAAUAAAACCAGGUUUAAAUCAGGCUCUAGAUCCAAAAGCAGACCGGAUUUUAGCGUCCACACCACAGGCAUGCCAGGAAAAGGUUUCAGCAUAGACUCAAGCCGAAAGCUUAACCUCACUGGCAGUUACGGAGUGCUUAAGCUGCUCUCAAAAGACAACCUGGUUAGGAUUGUCAAUUCCCAAAUGCAGAAUGUUCCCAGCCUGAGCUUUCCGAGCAAGGGCAGUCGGAGCAGGAAGCGAGAUUUGAUUGACGUUAAUCACGGACAGUUAGAGUCUCAGAAAGUGCCGAGACAAGAUAUAGCUGUCACUCAGUCUCACACAGGAUAUGAUAAUCAGACUGCAUUUCCUUAUGCGAGCCCAGUCACCACGCCAGAUCUUAAUCGAGACCAGGGGCCCGACGCUCGUAUUAAUCCGCUCAGUGAAGUCAAGCCAGCUUUAAGCAAAGGGCAGGACAACUUGGGAAAACAAGGUUCAGAUAGUGGUGAUAGCAAGAGCAAACACUUUGCCCGCUUACUGUCAACACCUCGCAGCGAGGUCAGUUUGAGCCCUGACAAAGAAGUAAUGAUCAGCCAAACAGAACGACCAUUUACAUCGACAAAACAUCUCCCGCUGCAUGUUCCCUCUGAAACUAAUGAUUCUCCUCCGUCUGUGCUGACAGUGCAACCCCUGGGAGUGAGACUGGGGAACAGAGCAGCAGAUUCCCAUAGAGACCCAUUAACAGAGUCAGCUCACACUGCUCAAACAGAUCUCAGCACAGCUCAGUACUCUGCAGAUGAAGACAACAAACUUGUCAACAGCAGUCACGUCCUGAGGCUCCACCCUGCUCCCGAAUGGAGCCGCGCCGCAGAAGACGCCGCGGUGCAGGUUAUUGAUCCUGAUAAUGGAAAGGGCCUUGUGUUUGAAGAAGCAGAGUCAGAGGUGGAAGAAGAAGAGGAAGAUGACCGUAUGGAGGUGAAGGGGUCGCGGUCUCGCAGCAGGAGGAGCUGGAUCUGGAACCAGUUCUUUGUGAUCGAAGAAUACGCCGGGCCGGAACCCGUGCUCAUUGGCCGGCUCCACACUGACAUGGACAGGAAUGAUGGACGCACAAAGUAUGUCCUGCGAGGCGAGGGGGCGGGCUCGGUCUUUGUGAUAGACGAGAAAACAGGUAACAUCCAUGUCACCAAGCCACUGGACCGCGAGGAGAAGGACGAGUAUCGUCUCAUCGCCACGGCCACCGACAGGCAGACCGACCGUGCCCUAGAGCCCUCGUCACAGUUCAUAAUUCGGGUGCAGGACAUCAACGACAACCCGCCUAUCUUUGACGAAGGCCCUUACAGCGCCACCGUGCCUGAGAUGGCAAACAUAGGCACGUCUAUAAUCCAGGUAACAGCGACAGAUGCUGAUGACCCGACAUAUGGGAACAGCGCCAAGCUAGUGUACACACUGGUGCAGGGCCAGCAGUACUUCUCUGUCGAUCCCCAGACAGGUAUUCUACGUACAGCUGUACCCGACAUGGACAGGGAGACCCAGGACCAGUUCCUGGUGGUGCUUCAGGCUAAAGACAUGGGGGGACACCUGGGAGGAUUAUCUGGGACCACCACUGUAACUGUCAGGCUUACUGAUGUUAAUGACAACCCUCCACGCUUCACUCAGAGUAUGUGGUCCUUCUCCGUUUCUGAGCUGGCCAUCCCGGGCGCUGAGAUAGGACGCAUCUCCGCAACAGACGCGGAUCUGGGUGAGAAUGCCAAGCUGGAAUAUACCAUCCUGGAGGGGGAGAGCGGGGACACGUUCAAUAUCACCGGAGUGAACCAAGAGGCGGUCAUCACGCUCAACAAGGCAGUAGACUAUGAGAGUCGGAGCUCCUAUUCCUUCUCUGUUGAGGUCCUUAACCCCAUAGUGGACCCCCGCUUCCUACGUCGAGGCCCCUUUAAGGACAGGGCUUCAAUCCGAGUGGCAGUCCUGGAUGCCGACGAGCCACCGAGGUUCUCCCGGACCAGAUACCACAUGGAUGUUUCAGAGAACUGCCCGCCAGCCUGCACCGUGGGCCGAGUCAGCGCCGUAGACCCUGAUACCGGUCUGACCAAUAAUAUCAGGUUCUCCAUUGAUCCUCAGUCAGACCCCGAGGCUCUGUUUCGUAUCACACCAGACACCGGCCUCAUCACCACAGCGAUGGAACUGGACCGGGAGCGUGAGCACUGGCACAACAUUACAGUCAUCGCCACCCAGAGAGAUAAUCCCAGUCAGGUGUCCAGAGUUCUGAUUGCAAUAGAGACCUUAGAUCUGAAUGACAAUGCACCUGAGCUGGACAGGCAGUACAACACAGCCAUGUGUGACUCAUCCUCCAUUGGACAGGUGGUGCAGGUGUUGCGGGCGAUUGAUAGAGAUGAGGGUGGGAAUGACAGCACCGUGUAUUUCAGCAUCCCUCCAGAGUCCAGCGCUGCCCUCAACUUCAGCGUCAGGGACAGCGGUGGCCCCACAGCCAGCUUGGUGUUGCUGUCCCAGAUCCAGCCGCUGUCCCGUUCCCCAUCCUCCACCUUGACCCUCUACGUGCCGCUCGUCCUGAGGGAUGGGACGUCUGGCCUCACCAGCACUGGGACGGUCACUGUGUCCGUCUGUCCCUGCCUGAAAGGAGGGGCGCGAGCCGAGGAGAAAGACAAGGAUAAACAGACGGAGGGCGAGUGGGACUGGGAGAGAGAAGCGGUGUGUCUUCCUCAGCAGUCCACACUGCCCUCCCCUGGGCUCAGUACAGCUGCCUUGUUGGCUAUCCUGGCUUGUGUUGCUACAUUACUGGCGGUGAGCGCCCUGUCAUUGUCACUGCGGCGUCAAAAGCGUGACUCCCUCUCACCAUUAGAGGAGGACGACGUGCGUGAGAACAUCAUAACGUAUGAUGACGAGGGCGGAGGCGAGGCCGACACAGCUGCCUUUGACAUUGCUGCGCUCCAGAGCGCCCCGCACAGCUCACGCUCACGUGGCUAUCGCACGCUGGACAGCAGGAACAUUCGUUACUCACAUCGUGGUCAAGACAAAGCUCGCACCUAUAGCUGGGCUCAGAAUCCAGGUGUGGAUCAUGGCUACUCAGGACCGGGAGGACCCCUUUAUGGUCGUCUCUGCUACAGCAGCCACACGUUACCUAUUCUCCGUCGCGCACCAGGAGGGACAUUUGAACCAGGCUUGGCAGAGCUGGCGUACCGCUUUCCUGGAGGCCAGCCAGACCAUUCCCUUGUCAUCCAGAACCAAGGGGCCAUGGUCGGGCCAAUGGAGUCUGGGGCGGUGUACAUAGCUCCGACAGAUCUCAGCACAGGAAGCCGAACAGGGAGUCGCACGGAAAGCCGUGACGGCACCGCGCCCCAAAGUGGGGUGAGCACAUCCGAUGGAGGAACGCCGAGAACCAGUGACAGCCAGGACAGAGGAGGGGGGACGGGAACUGCAAGCAACUGUACAGAGGGGAGCAGUGAGGACAAAGUUAACCUCAGUCAAAAUGUGGACUGGGUGCAGUCGGAGACAUUACCCAGGGAGCAUAACCUUGUCAUGACCCGAUCCGGCUCCCUGAUUGGCCAGGGUCACGGCGUAGGAGGCUGGGUGUGUGACUCCGCCACUCUCCCCAUGGCGGGACGCAGGGCCUCCCGUGCUGGUAUCUCCCCAAAACGCACAGGCGGCCUGGCUGAAUCUGACUCCGGUGGAGGAGGGGGGAGUGGAGGAGGAGGAGGAGGGGCAGGGGGAAGUGGAGGUGGAGGUGGAAAUGGAAAUGCGACCACCUCCACUGAUGGACAACCUUCUAUUGGACGCAACUAUGCCACUGUCCUGCAGGGGGAGGUAUCUGGACAGAGGGACUACGCUGGCAGUCUGGGGAGAGGAGGACUGGAGAUGGGAAGCAACUUUGUGGUGGCAAGGCCAGACAGAGAAAGUGGAGGAGUAUCACUGACCGGGACUCCAUCUGUUUACCCAGAAGCACCUGGCUUUAUUGGGGACUGGCGCGAUCGAGUAGGUAUGGGAGGGUAUGUUUUGGGCAGGAGGGACAUGACCCCUCAGCUUUUACCCUUCCCCGGGCAACCGCGGGGAACAUAUGGCAGUGUGAUGGGCUUCGGGGCCAACUGGGUUCCAGGAAUGGAAGUAGCCAGAGGGCCACCAGGGCCUGGGGGUCCCUCCUUGGCACUGAGAGUGGGUGAGUUCUUACGUCUGCGUCUUGCCCAGGUCACCUUUGAUCCAUCACAGCCACCGUACGACUCUGUGCAGGUGUAUGGCCUGGAGGGAACAGGGUCCAGGGCUGGAUCCCUUAGCUCACUAGAGAGCGAAGGGGAGAAGGAUUCAGAGAAAGAGGAUUGGGGGGCGGGGCUGGAAGAGUGGGGUCCCCAAUUCCAGAAAUUAGCCCAACUCUUCAAAGACAGGGAGAAAGAGAGGGAGGAUAAGGAAAAAGUUGACGAGGGUGCCAAAAAAGAGAGAGAAAUGAACGAGGAGCCUGAGAAGAAAGUGAAAAAAGAUGGAGGAGUGCGGGCUGGAGAAGAGGGGAAAGAUUGAGGAAUGAUAUAAAUGAAACAAAUAGGGGCAAAGGGGGUAAGAGAGGAAGGGGAGGAAUAGGAGGAUGAUGAAAAGGCAACUUGAGCUCGAAUAAUGUGAAGAGAAGUUAAAGGGGAGAAAGAUGAAGAGGCAAAGUAAUAAAAAGAGACAGAGAAAAAUGAGCCUAGGGAGGAUGGAGAAUGCGAGGGCAGGGGAGGGAGUGAUUGAUGUAAUUUAUAGCAAUAAGUGUUGAAACGCUGAUAUGGUUGAGCACAGAUACUGAGACAAUGCAGAGCCUGCUUCUGCUCGGGGCAGCAACAAUUUGUUAAACGCUUUGGACAGAGAAAAACAACUCAAACAUCCAAGACUCGAUUAAAUUCAGCUCUCACGUAUGGAAUGAGAAACAACAGGAAGCGAGAAGGAAGACGUCUGGCGUGUCGAUGCGAUAUCUCCAUGUCUGGGUGUGUGUGUGUGUUUGCGUGUGAGAAAAAGUCCAACGACGAGGCACAGAAGUGCGAGAGCACGUGCGUGACUGAGUGGCAGGGAGACAUCAAAAUACCCAGAGACAAUUUCGAGAUGAGACUAAUGACUAGUGCCGCAUAAGCUGCAACAUUAGAUUUCAGGACGAUGUGGAAGAGGAAACAUUUAACGAGGAAGUUUAGAAAGUAGGAUAUCACACAGGGGGAGGAAAAGAAGUGAUGUCUGAAUAUAAAGGGAAUGGGCGGCGAGGAUGUAUAGAGAGAGAAAUGGUCUUGGAUGUGAGACGAUUGUACAGAAACUGUUACUUUUUAUUCCAUCUGCGGUGGCAGAAAAGUGAAUUAUUCAGCUUGCUACUCCAUUCCAAAUGAAAAUGAUGAAUCAUUUAAAUCCUGCAAAAGAUUCUCCCUCCUCUCAGCCCACGAGGAAAAACAGACAUUGUGAAAAAUUUAAAUGGUUUAGGGAUAUGAUCCCCCCCACCCCCAGCCCCUCUCAG